AAGCGUUAUACCCAAUAACAACAAUAGAGGGCAUGAGCGACAUUUGAAUGAAGUCAGAGACUCACAACUAUGACGUCAGCGCAUGCGCACUUCCUUUUGGAACGUUGGCUUUUCUAACUAAGGGGGAAAAGUUUUGUUCGCCCAGAAAGAAAUGAGAAAAAGAGAAAAAAAAGCAAAUUGACGAAUGCAUCAACUGUUGCUGUGUGGCGUCUGUUGCGUGAAGCGAAUUCAGACGGUCACGUGGUGAAAAUAUUGAGCAGAAACCACUCGGUAAGAUGUGGAAACGAUUCGCUAAUUCGCUAAUGCUAAAUUUGCAUUCAUGGCUAACUGCUAGCGCCUUAUUCAUGCAGGCCAAAAGCCUUGUGUGAGAAGAAGAGGACCAGGCGUCGUCAGUUAAGACUAUUCGGUCAGGUUUUUUUUCUGAUUGGAAAAAAAAGAAAGAUCAUCAGAUUGGAUUCAACGAUGGCGAGCUAACCCAGAGUGAUUUGAAGAACCAAGAACAUCGAAAAUUCUGGAAUAACAGACGGACUGUCUGUGUGGUAGGAUUGUAUCAGUCAUCGGACUGAUACAUACAUUUUUUUCUUCGAAAAGAGUGCACUCCAACGAACAUUGAAAACUAUUGCAAUAGAAAAACUGAGACAUUGAAUUAGUUGCCACUACAACUAAUAUUGGACAAAUUUUGACUGACAAAACAAUUGACUGAGACUCAAGACUAUUUUUUUUCUAUCUUUCUUGUUGUGAAUUUUAUAGUGUGUUAUUUCUAAUUCAUUGUUGUUUAAUUGUUAAAAAAAUUGUUGUUAAUAUUGUUCAUUAAAAAAUAUACAAAAAAAAGCAUUCCGAUUGCCUAAACCUGAUGUUAGACGUGGUUAUCGUAGCCAAACCAAAUAAACCGAACCUAGAUUGCAGCUCCUAUCGGUGUACAUACAGGAGGGUAUAGAUAGGGGCUACAUAAAAAGUGGCGAGCUAGCCAGGAGAUACUUUGAUACGAUUACUGCACUGCAUCAGGUUUAUGUAAUUCUUGCACUCAGUUGAAUACUAAACAUUUUUUGGGUGUCCUUUAAAAAAAAAAAAAAUGGACAUCAUUGAGAAAGAAAAUGUAAAGGUCCCAAAUUCUGUGAUUAUCACUGGUUUGUCUAAUACAGUGGUAGAUGAGGAGAUAAUUGAUUACUUGAAACAAUAUGGCGCUAUAGAGAGACAUAUUGUAAUUCCGCAGUUGCCGGAUCAUCUAAUAGUAGAGUUCAAAACUGGUGCAGCUGUUGAAUUUCUAAAGCUGCCAUUUGACAGAACCGCCGAAGCAAACACCACAGUAGUUCACCAUGUUGAUGCAUUAGCCAAUACAUAUUCUAAUGAGAAAGGCAAUGACAUUGCAGACAAAUUUUUGUCUGAUCUUAAAACCAUGGCGAAAAUAAGUGGUAAAUCAUUUGAGAAUAUUUUGAGAGAGGGCUUAACUAGAAUAACGGAAGUUAUUGGAGAGUCAAACGAAGAGCCUGCUGAUGUUGAAGGACAUGAACCUGAUACAUUCAGAACUAUUAGUUCAGAAGUAAAUGAGAACAUUGCUCCAGCCACAGUAACUUCAGAAUCCAACAGAAAACUUCCAUCUGAACAGAUUAUCCCACCAGAAGUGCAACGUUUAGUUGUCGAACACAUUGUCAAAACCCCAGAUACCUCUUCGCAGAGUAUUUCCACUGCAAGGUUGCGACCAUUUUCAGGUAGGAUGCCAUGUCCAAAUUUUGAAGUAGACUAUGAUACUUGGCGAGAUAGUGUCGAAUUUUAUUUAGCAGAUUCCACAAUUUCAGAUAGACAGAUCGUAAGGAAAAUUGUUGACAGUUUAUCAUCUCCAGCUGCGAGUGUUGUCAAGUCGUUAGGUCCACACUCAAAUUCCAGAGCGUAUUUAGAACUUCUUGAUGCUGCAUUUGCUACAGUGGAGGAUAGCGAUGAAUUGUUCGCCAAAUUCCUUAGUCUGAACCAAAAUGCUGGUGAAGCAGCAUCCAACUAUCUUCAAAGACUUCAGAAUGUUUUGAACAAAUCUGUACAAAUGAAGGCAAUUUCAGUCAUUGAUGCAGAUAAGCAGCUUUUAAAACAGUUCUGUAGGGGAUGCUGGGAUAAUGACCUUAUAAGACAGCUUCAGCUAGAAAGUAAGGUUAAAGACCCACCCAGUUUCUCUGAACUCUUAUGGCUGCUGCGCACAGAGGAAGAUAAGCAAGCUACAAAAGCCACACGAAUGAAACAACAUUUGGGCUUCACAAAACCCAAAGCCCAAACCCAAGCUCACAAUAUCAGUUUUUGUGACAAAACUGAUAGCAUCUCAACUGCUGAAAUGAACAAACAACCUACAGAACUACAGAAAAUUCAGAAGCAACUUGUCAGUCUUCAGUCUCAAAUUGCAACAUUAAUGCAACUCAAAGAAAAUAAACCUACAAUGAACCAAGGAGAGAAAACCAAAAACAAAAAGCCUAGUGACAGGAAGGAAUCAUCUAGUGUGAAGCAAUCUCCAGCCAAACCUAGCUCUGUGUCCAAACGACCAAGACCAUGGUAUUGCUUAUGAAGAUGAAAUUCAGUUCUGUUCCCCGGACAUUGAGACGGUGUUUCACCCUGUCGAACCCAUGGUAAAACUAACAAUACCAACAAAGGAUAGAUUAAAACCUGUACCAAACUUGGAAAAAGUACCCGAUGUGGAAAUGGAAAAAUCAAUUCCGGUGAAACAACCCAAUCUGUCAGAGUUGAUCAACACUCAAUUCCAAAAAUCGGUUGUGGAAGAAAAUGGACACUUAUCCCACGAUUUAGCAGGAGAAUGUCAAUCACAUUCUAAUGAUUCCGAGCCAAAUGAAGAAAAUGGAAUACAAACUGAAAAUCCACUAACCGAAAUGGAAGAGAAUGUGUUUAGGAUUGAAACAGAGGACCUAACUAAUGCAAAAGAAAAUGAAAUGGGAAGCAAAACUGAUCAAGUUCUUGUUGACAACUCCUUCCAAAGUUCAGCUGAAUUUGCAGAGGUUACACAAGAGAGUAACCCUUUACCUGCAGAAGAUACAGGUGAAAGUGAUCAAUAUUCCCAACAAUCAUUACGCAGAUCUGUACGCCAACGAAAACCACCUGAAAAACUUACUUAUUCUCAGUUAGGAAAACCAUUUCUUUCUUUGAUUCAAACUGUUUUCGAUGGUUUCAAUACAGCAUUAGGCGAAAUGUUUGAAGAGAGAUUGAGAACAGAAGCACAUGAAGGGACUCAUGUUAUUUAAGGGGGGGAGGAUGUAACCCAGAGCAAAAUAUUAAAGCGUUAUACCCAAUAACAACAAUAGAGGGCAUGAGCGACAUUUGAAUGAAGUCAGAGACUCACAACUAUGACGUCAGCGCAUGCGCACUUCCUUUUGGAACGUUGGCUUUUCUAACUAAGGGGGAAAAGUUUUGUUCGCCCAGAAAGAAAUGAGAAAAAGAGAAAAAAAAGCAAAUUGACGAAUGCAUCAACUGUUGCUGUGUGGCGUCUGUUGCGUGAAGCGAAUUCAGACGGUCACGUGGUGAAAAUAUUGAGCAGAAACCACUCGGUAAGAUGUGGAAACGAUUCGCUAAUUCGCUAAUGCUAAAUUUGCAUUCAUGGCUAACUGCUAGCGCCUUAUUCAUGCAGGCCAAAAGCCUUGUGUGAGAAGAAGAGGACCAGGCGUCGUCAGUUAAGACUAUUCGGUGAGAUAAUUUUAUCAAAAUAUACUGCUGUUUGAAAUGGUAUAAACUAUAGUUCCAUUUGAAAGGAAAAGAAAUGUAAUUAUUAAUGUUGUUUAAUGGAAAUGUCAUUUAUUGCGUACAAAAUGCUUUGUAAAUGACUAGAAGUAUAUUCUUGAGUGUUUACACUCAGUAGUGUUUGAAAAAGUUGUACAACAAAAAUGAAACUGAAACAUUGAAACUGAAAAGAUUGUAACCCAAGACCUGUGUUAAAUACAGGUCAGGUUUUUUUUCUGAUUGGAAAAAAAAGAAAGAUCAUCAGAUUGGAUUCAACGAUGGCGAGCUAACCCAGAGUGAUUUGAAGAACCAAGAACAUCGAAAAUUCUGGAAUAACAGACGGACUGUCUGUGUGGUAGGAUUGUAUCAGUCAUCGGACUGAUACAUACAUUUUUUUCUUCGAAAAGAGUGCACUCCAACGAACAUUGAAAACUAUUGCAAUAGAAAAACUGAGACAUUGAAUUAGUUGCCACUACAACUAAUAUUGGACAAAUUUUGACUGACAAAACAAUUGACUGAGACUCAAGACUAUUUUUUUUCUAUCUUUCUUGUUGUGAAUUUUAUAGUGUGUUAUUUCUAAUUCAUUGUUGUUUAAUUGUUAAAAAAAUUGUUGUUAAUAUUGUUCAUUAAAAAAUAUACAAAAAAAAGCAUUCCGAUUGCCUAAACCUGAUGUUAGACGUGGUUAUCGUAGCCAAACCAAAUAAACCGAACCUAGAUUGCAGCUCCUAUCGGUGUACAUACAGGAGGGUAUAGA